AUGUUAUCACUAGUUUUUAUACUUGCCUCGCUUGUAGCGGUUGCCUGGCAGUAUGUCAAACACCACUAUAGUUAUUGGCAACAUAUAGGAUUCCCCUAUGAUAAGAACUCCAAAAUUCCAUUUGGCUGUCUGGGCAGCGUUUGCAGGCGCGAAAAGUCCAUGGGCAUGGCCGUUUACGAUGUUUAUCGGCGGAGUAAGGAGAAAUUCCUGGGCGUGUAUAUGCUCUUCCGGCCUGCAGUUUUAGUGCGCGAUCCUGAAUUGGCUGGGCGCGUGUUGGCCCAGGACUUUGCAAGCUUUCACGAUCGCGGGGUCUAUGUGGAUGAGGAGAGAGAUCCAUUUUCGGGCACGAUAUUCGCACUACGUGGCCACAGCUGGCGUUCAAUGCGUCUCAAAUUGUCGCCAUGCUUCACGUCCGGCAAACUGAAGGGCAUGUUCAGCACAACCGAAGAUAUUAGUAACAAGAUGGUUGGGCAUUUACAGGCUCUGCUGCCGGAUGAAGGAUCGCUGGAAGUGGACCUGAAGGAACUGAUGCAAACCUAUGCCAUUGAUAUCAUUGCAUCGACCAUUUUUGGUCUGGACAUCAAUAGCUUUGAGCAGCCGGAUAACAAGUUCAAAAAGCUGCUGCACAUAUUUCGUCGCAACACGAGAAUCGGCGCAGUGUUUAGCAUAUUUAUAUUCUUGGUUCCCUCUGUGGCCCAGAUUUUAUUCCGGCUAGGCUUUAAAAAUCCGAUAGCAAACGCCCUAAUGCAAAUUGUCAAGGAGACUAUUGAGUAUCGUGAAAAGCACAACAUUGUUCGCAAGGACAUGUUGCAGUUGCUUAUGCAGCUCCGAAACACAGGCUCGAUUGACGAGAAUGACAACAAUUGGAAUUUCGAGAAAGGCGAUGACUGUAAAAUCAAGAGUAUAUCCUUGGAAGCCAUAACCGCCCAGCUUUUCAUAUUCUAUGUGGCUGGCCAAGAGACAACCGGUUCCACGGCUGCCUUCACCCUGUUCGAGCUGGCCCAAUAUCCCGAGCACUUAAGCCGUCUCCAAAAGGAAGUUGACGAAACACUCAAACAGAACGAUGGCAAAAUCACCUACGAUUCCCUACAGAAAAUGCAGUUUCUCGAUUUAUGCAUACAGGAAACGCUGCGAAAAUAUCCCGGCCUACCGCUACUAAAUCGCGAAUGUACCCAAGACUAUGUUAUCCCUGAAAGCAAGCAUGUCAUAAAAAAGGGGACACCUGUGGCCAUUUCACUAUUUGGCAUUCAUCGCGACGCAGAAUAUUUUCCCGAGCCGGAAAAAUAUGAUCCUCUACGCUUUUCAGAAGAGACACUAAAUUACAACCCUCAGGCGUUUAUGCCUUUCGGCGCGGGUCCCAGAAUCUGCAUUGCUCAGCGCAUGGGCCGCACAAAUGCGAAGCUGGCCAUUGUUAAGGUUCUGCAAAACUACAAUAUCGAGGUGAUGAGUCGGCGCGAACUUCAAUUCGAAAAUUAUUCCAUUGCACUGCUGCCAAAGGGUGGCGUCAAGGUGCAUAUGUCCAAGCGAAACUAGACGUGAUUGAAAAACGCCGAGAAAUUGUGAAACAACUAAACAAAGCGCGUUUAAACAUACAUACGUACAUACAUAGCUAGAGAUAAGAUAACCACACAUUUAGAUAGUAUGCCAUUACGGCACCUUAUCUGAGUCGCCUAAUAUUUAAAUCAUAAAUAAGAACAGGGCUUAUGCUGAUUGAGAGCUGAUAAAAAUUUGUGAAGAACCUGUAAUGUUAAAAAUAAUACCUAGGAGACUAAUAAAUAAGAAUUGUGACCCAUUAA